CACCAGUGAGUCACCCUUUUCAUACAGUGAAACCUUAAAGGGAAGGGUAGGGAGGAUGUAUUGACGGUUAGGAAAACACAGAUUACUGGUGGAAAAUGACAUCCUCUAUUAAUAAGAUCUAAGUGUGUGUUUCAGAGCUCUGGGAAGUGUCUUGACAGAGAACCUGAGCUGGACAAAGCAGCCUUGAUCUGAGUGAGCUAACUGGCACCAUGAAAACAUCAGGUGUCUUUCUGCUCCUCUCCCUGGCUCUUUUCUGCUUUUUCUCAGGUGUCUUCGGUCAAGGAGCUCAGGACAAAGGAGGCUGCAACACAAGAUCAGAGGGUUGGAUGCCAAGGAAAGGUGGCUUAAGGAGGCGUCUCUUUCAAGUUGACUGUGGUGAGUUCAAGGACCCCAAGGUCUACUGUACUCGGGAAUCUAAUCCCCACUGUGGUUCUGAUGGCCAGACAUAUGGCAAUAAAUGUGCCUUCUGUAAGGCAGUGAUGAAAAGUGGUGGGAAAAUCAACCUAAAGCACCGUGGAAAAUGCUGAAUCAGAACCAGAAUGCUGAAAAUGCUGAAUCAGAGAGCUGACUUGCCAGCUCUCUCAUAUUUCUUUACUUGCCUCUGCUUUUACUUUACUUUUCUCUAGUGAAUCCCUUCAAUUUAUAAAGACACACCUUCUACUCUACCUUGAGCUUAGGGUGUUCCGUAUAUAUUUUUCUUGAUUCGCUUGUCAAUAAAGUAAAUUCUGUAA